AUGAUAGAGCGGACUGCGGCAUGCAUUGAACCAGCUUCUCAACUCUUCCUUCGGCGCCUCGAGCCUCCCGUUCGCACACACCGUGCGCUUGGUCCCUCGUUCUGGAAAAAUGGAGGCAACAAGCUGGACGUUCCUCCCUGGUGGCCCUUGUACCUCAGUAGUAUCCGAGCUCUGCGUCCAAAUCCACCCGGCAUCGAGGCUACACCCUCUUCUCCGAGACAGUCCUGGCUAGCCGGACCAGGCGAAAAUCCUUAUCAAACGCGAGUCCGAGCUUCGACAUCCGAUCGAAAUUCUGCCCGUCUUCCGUCGUCAUCCUCACGAACCUAUACUCGAUCGGCAAAGUCCACCCAAAAAGCUAUUGCUGUGGCUGUCAAGGAAGAGGAGAGCUUGGAAGAUGUGCUUCUACACUAUCCUCCAUCCAGUCCUUCGGGACACAUAAUCGUGGACGAUACAAAGAAAAGCAGCAAUGAAGCGGUUGCCGCAGGCGCACAUGGGGAGUCGUGGAAUGAACAUCCUGUUCCGACUAUCACUGAAACAGAAAAACAUCUCUUGCAUAUCCUCGACACCAACAGGGACGUGCAACCAGAGCCUGAAAGCGCCGACUUCGAUCGCGCUUGGACUUUGUUUAACCAGGUCCCAAAUCAGCAGGCGUACGCGCCUGAAGUCUUCCAUUUCCUUUCCAAGUCGAGCAGAAGACGGGAUCAAGCUUUGGCUUUGAGUGUCUUCAGACUUAUCGACGAAGAGGACAGAACUCAAGAUGAUUAUGAGCGGGCUGUCCGAUCGGCGUUGAAAGCGGACAAUUAUCGUAUAGCUCUGAGAAUCAAUGCUCGUGCUACGCGGCGCGAUAUGCAACAAGGCUGCAGUGUGUUUCUCUUGUUGCAUGCUGUCUCCAACCAGCUCUGGAACACCGCUGCGACGGUUUGGGAUACCUCGUUUAAGCGAGCUCCUUUUCGCGCUGGUCAAUCAUCUCCGACUCGGCUUGCCAUCACGCAGGAGAUAGGCAAUUAUCGCGAUCUACCAUUUGCAAUCUAUCAACUCGGAACAAAGCUGCGAGAGCGGGCAACAGUUACCAUGCAGCAUUCAGGAACUCUCUCAACACUAUUCAACGAGCUUCUAUCCGCCCUAGUACGAAACGGUGCGCUUAUGAGCAUAGUCACGCCGCAAGGAUUACAGCAUCUGUUCCAGCUUUCGAACGACCUAUCGCUCUCCAAACCAUCCCUCUACAUCACUGCCAUUGAUACCAUCAAUAAACUUGCCAUAAGACCGGACAAGGGAGCAUUGGCUGAUCUCGUGUACAACAUGCUUCGAUCAAAUCUCCCAGAAGUGCUGCCACGACCUCAGACCUUUGGUUCGCUCUUGUCGAUACACUCCAAUGAAGGGGCACCCAGUGAGACAUAUUACCACUAUUUGGACGAAUUCUCGAAGUUUCACAGUGUUGCAGACCUGAAGAGUUAUCAGAAGGUUCUCUCAGCCCUUGCUGCUCAAGGUGAUGUUGAUGGCGUCCAGCAGACUUUUUCACGCCUUUGUCAGGCCCAUUCACGGCCCACUGACGUGGCAUACUAUACGCCGCUCCUGUACGCGUUCGCUCGCCUUGGCGAUGUGCAAGGGACAGAGCGGGAGUUCCAGUCAAUGGUCGACUCCGGAGUACGCCCAAACUCUUAUUGCUGGAAUAUCCUUCUCUAUUCCCAUUCCAGAUCUCUCGAGCCUUGGCGGGCUUUUGAAGUCUUCGACAAAAUGGAGGCUCAGGGAGUGGCGCCGGAUGCAUUUACCUUUACUACCUUGAUGGGUAUUUUCUCGAGAACUGGUGACACCGAUACCGUGCUGGAUAUUCUUGAACAAGCCCAGCGGAAUAAAGUACAAGGGUCAUAUGGAUUGGUCGCUGGCCUGAUACAAACAUACUGCCUGAAUGAUCAAGCAGAGGCUGCGGAGAGGCUCGCUGAAGCAGCCACAACUGCCUCUCUCCAGGGCUCGCCUGUCACGAUGUGGAAUUAUCUGCUACGCCAUUACGCAUUCGCCGCGGAUUCAGAUGGUAUGCUGCGUGUUCAGAGUCGUAUGAGGGCGCUGGGAGUCGAGCCAGAUGCCAUGACCCACGCUGCGUUUAUGACCGCGCUUGUGGUUUUGAACAGGACUCGGGAUGCGGUCCAAAUACUAAGGACCCUGAGCCUGAGUCAGACACUUGCUGCUACACCAUUUCACUACGCCAUCAUCUUACACGGGUUUGCCAAAGAAGGUGACAGGGACAUGGCCAAUGUUGUGUACCAAGAAAUGGUUGAGCGAUUCCCGAGGAUUGGCGCUAGUCCACGUCUCGCGAUGCUUCAUCUACAGGCCAGUCGAAAUUCCAUCCCCAAUGAGCGGCCACGAUUUGCGGCUCAGUAUCUGGAAGAGAUUCUUCAUGAGCUCUCGGCGCAGGACCGCGCAGCGCGUCAACCACAGCCCGGUCUGCACCGCCGUCGAGGCGUCGAUGCCAUCCCAACGGUAUAUUUGGAAUAUCUCAUUGACCUUCUUGCUGCAAGAGGCCAAAUAAAGCAUGCAGAGAAGCUUCUUCAGAGAUUUGACUCUCUCGCACAGUCAUCAUACCUCAUGCUAGGCAAUGCCGCCUCUUCCUCGAUCCAGUUCCUGACCCGGCGCCUCAUGAUUUCAAGUGAGAGUCACGACUGGGAAAAGGUUGAGUCUACCUGGAAACAAAUACUCGAACGGGGUAUCCAGACAGCAAGAAGAUUUUCCCGCUCAGGCAGAAAAGAAACCCCCGGCGAAGGCAGAGCUCCUGAUGGCCAGCGACUUCUGCCAGUACGGCCUAUAGGUCUUCCCGACUCUGAAUUGAUCACGAAGGGGGACUUCUCGUUCGAGUCGAUGAUUCCACGACCUGCUGCAACUUCAGGUCCAUUGAAUGAGCCAGGGCUGGCGAUCCUUCCCUCACAAAAAUACAUCCUCGAAGCACCUUUGACACGAUACUUAAAUAGUUUGUCUAUCCGUCAAUUCGAAUCUCGUGCUAUAGCUCUUGUGGCUGAACUAGAGAGAGUGGGAUUUGCAUUGUCCAGUAAAAACUGGAAUAUGUACAUCCAGAUCUUGACGCUUUCAAAGGAUCAGCAACAUUGGCUCCGUGCCUAUGAAAUCUUCGAGCAGAAGAUGAUUGCCAAUACUCCGCCGUGGUCAGUCUUACGCCGUGGAAAGUGGCUGUUGUCCGAGGCAUCACAAGGGUCUUCUCCGAUUCUCGUUUCUCGCAAGGCUAUGGAAAAACGGGACCCGGGCCAGUUGAUGCCAACCUAUUACACUGCAGUUCACCUCGCGAGCGUCCUACUCAAGGCAAACAGGCUUGCCGCGGAAGGCGAUAGAGCCACGUACAUGGCUCUUCGCAAGACCGCUCCUCAAACCUGCCGCUUUGUCCAAAGCAUGCCUUAUCAUAGAGACCGAAUCCAAGGGGUCCUCCUUCGUGGAAGAAAGGUCAGGGCUGAUCCGCAAAAGCAUCCUCGAGAAUUCGCUGAGCCGGACCGGUCUGGUGUAUUGGGAAGUAAAUCACCUGCGGACCACAUCCCCGUCACAGAUCUAUGCGAUUUUGAGGAUGCUAACUAUAUGAAGGCCAAAUCCCAAGCUCUCCGAGCCACCGAGACAAACAACGGCACCAAGAAGAUGCGGAAGCAGUCAACCGUCGAGUACGGCACAAAGAAAGAAAGCUUCUGCGGGUUCUAG